AGGGAGGGAGGGGGCGGCCGGCCGCCCGGCGGCGACCCCGGGCCCCGGCCGCCACCAUGGGCUUCGAGCUGGACCGCUUCGACGGCGACGUGGACCCGGACCUGAAGUGCGCGCUGUGCCACAAGGUCCUGGAGGACCCCCUGACCACGCCGUGCGGCCACGUCUUCUGCGCCGGUUGCGUGUUGCCCUGGGUGGUGCAGGAGGGUAGCUGCCCUGCGCGCUGCCGCGGUCGCCUGUCGGCCAAGGAACUCAACCACGUCCUGCCGCUCAAGCGCCUCAUCCUCAAGCUGGACAUCAAGUGCGCGCACGCGGCGCGCGGCUGCGGCCGGGUGGUCAAGCUGCAGCAGCUGCCCGAGCACGCCGAGCGCUGCGACUUCGCGCCCGCACGCUGCCGCCACCCGGGCUGCGGCCAGGUGCUGCUGCGACGCGACGUGGAAGCGCACAUGCGCGAGGCGUGCGACGCGCGGCCCGUGGGCCGCUGCCAGGAGGGCUGCGGGCUGCCCCUGACGCACGGCGAGCAGCGCGCAGGCGGCCACUGCUGCGCGCGGGCGCUGCGGGCGCACAACGGAGCGCUGCAGGCCCGCCUGGGCGCGCUGCACAAGGCGCUCAAGAAGGAGGCGCUCCGCGCAGGCAAGCGCGAGAAGUCGCUAGUGGCGCAGCUGGCCGCGGCGCAGCUCGAGUUGCAGAUGACGGCGUUGCGCUACCAGAAGAAGUUCACCGAGUACAGUGCGCGCCUCGACUCGCUCAGCCGCUGCGUGGCCGCACCUCCCGGCGGCAAGGGUGAAGAAACCAAAAGCCUGACUCUUGUCCUGCAUCGAGACUCUGGCUCCCUGGGAUUCAAUAUUAUUGGUGGUCGGCCCUGCGUGGACAACCAAGAUGGAUCGUCCAGUGAAGGAAUCUUUGUAUCCAAAAUAGUUGACACUGGGCCUGCUGCCAAGGAAGGAGGCCUGCAAAUUCAUGACAGGAUUAUAGAGGUCAACGGCAAAGACUUAUCCAGAGCAACUCAUGAUCAAGCUGUGGAAGCCUUCAAGACAGCCAAAGAGCCCAUUGUGGUCCAGGUGUUGAGGAGAACGCCCAGGACCAAAAUGUUCACGCCGCCCUCGGAGCUGCAGCUGGUGGACACAGGAACUCAAACUGACAUCACCUUUGAGCACAUCAUGGCCCUGUCCAGGCUCUCCUCUCCUGCCCCGCCGGUGCUGGAUCCAUACCUCUUGCCAGAAGAGCAUCCCUCAGCCCAUGAAUACUACGAUCCCAAUGACUACAUUCAUCAGGAGAUGGACAGGGAGGAGCUGGAAUUGGAGGAGGUGGACCUGUACAGAGUCAACAGCCAGGACAAGCUGGGCCUCACAGUGUGUUACCGAACGGAUGACGAAGAUGACAUUGGGAUUUACAUCAGUGAGAUUGACCCUAACAGCAUUGCGGCCAAGGAUGGGCGCAUCCGAGAAGGAGAUCGCAUCAUCCAGAUUAAUGGGAUAGAGGUACAAAACCGGGAAGAAGCCGUGGCUCUUCUAACAAGUGAAGAAAACAAGAACUUCUCGCUGCUGAUUGCAAGGCCUGAGCUCCAGCUGGACGAAGGCUGGCUGGACGAUGACCGGAACGACUUUCUGGACGACCUGCACAUGGACAUGCUGGAGGAGCAGCACCACCAGGCCAUGCAGUUCACCGGGAGUGUGCUGCAGCAGAAAAAGCACGAGGAAGAUGGCGGAACCACAGACACAGCCACCAUCUUGUCCAACCAACACGAAAAGGACAGCGGUGUGGGACGCACCGACGAAAGCACCCGCAACGAUGAAAGCUCGGAGCAGGAGAACAAUGGAGACGACCCCACGGCGUCUUCCAACCCGCUGGCGGGGCAGAGGAAGCUGACCUGCAGCCAGGACACUCUGGGCAGCGGCGACCUGCCCUUCAGCAAUGAGUCCUUCAUCUCGGCCGACUGCACCGACGCCGACUACCUGGGCAUCCCGGUGGACGAGUGCGAGCGCUUCCGGGAGCUCCUGGAGCUCAAGUGCCAGGUGAAGAGCGCCAGUCCCUACAGCCUCUACUACCCCAGCAGCCCCCUGGAGGCGAGCAAGAGCGACCCCGAGAGCGUGGACAAGGAGCUGGAGCUGCUCAACGAGGAGCUGCGCAACAUCGAGCUGGAGUGCCUCAGCAUCGUGCGCGCCCACAAGAUGCAGCAGCUCAAGGAGCAGUACCGCGAGUCCUGGAUGCUGCACAACAGCUGCUUCCGACACUACACCAGCGUCGACGUCCGCAGACACGAGCUCUCGGACAUCACCGAGCUCCCGGAGAAAUCCGAUAAAGAUAGCUCGAGCGCCUACAAUACCGGGGAAAGCUGCCGGAGCACCCCGCUCACCUUGGAAAUCUCCCCCGACAACUCCUUGAGGAGGGCCACCGAGGGCAUCAGCGAAGGGGCAGCGGGUACCACAGAAGCCUACGGGGCAUCCCCAAAGAAUCUGCUGUCCAUCACUGAAGAUCCUGAAGUCAGCACCCCUAACUAUAGCCCUUCCAAAGAGCUGGACCUCAGCCAGCCCCUGGAGAGCAAAGAGAGGAAACCCAGCGACGAGAGCAGGAGCCCCACGCCCAGUCCGAAGCUGGGUGGCUCCUACCUGUCCCCCUACCACCAUUCUCCCUACAAGCACGCCCACAUCCCGGCCCACGCCCAGCACUACCAGAGCUACAUGCAGCUGAUCCAGCAGAAGUCCGCCGUGGAGUACGCGCAAAGCCAGGUGAGCCUGGUGAGCAUGUGCAAGGACCUGAACGCCGCCAGCCAGUCGGAACCCAGGAUGGAGUGGAAGGUCAAGAUCCGGAGCGACGGCACGCGCUACAUCACCAAGAGGCCGGUGAGGGACCGCCUGCUGAGGGAGCGCGCCCUCAAGAUCCGGGAGGAGCGCAGCGGCAUGACCACGGACGACGACGCCAUCAGCGAGAUGAAGAUGGGGCGGUACUGGAGCAAAGAGGAGCGGAAGCAGCACCUGCUGAGAGCCAAGGAGCAGCGGCGGAGGCGGGAAUUCAUGAUGCAGAGCAGGUUAGAUUGCCUGAGAGAGCAGCAGGGCGCCGACGACAAGAAGGAGAUGAACAUCAUUGAACUGAGCCACAAAAAGAUGAUGAAGAAGAGGAAUAAAAAGAUAUUUGACAAUUGGAUGACAAUCCAAGAACUUCUAACCCACGGCACAAAGUCUCCAGAUGGCACUAGAGUAUACAAUUCCUUCUUAUCCGUGACUACUGUAUAAUUCCCACUUCUGCAUUAUGUACAUAAAAAAAGAACGCUACCAUUGGGGUAGAGAUUCCUGCCUCGUUCAAUGCGGCAAGUUUUUGUAUAUAAGAGAAAUACAGCCACUCUGUUUAUAGUCGAAAGUUGUGAACUCUGCAACACUGGGUGGCAUAGCUCUAUUUUAACUGGAGGAAAACCACCCUUAGUAUCUUGGAAGGCAAUAUUAACAAACGAGCUUUUUUUCAGAUAGCAAUUGUACUUUUUUACUUGUUAUCUUUUGCAUAAAGUGUUUAAAUUUCAAAAAAAAAAACCUUUUAUUAAGCAUACUUUCACAAAAUAAUUUGUUUAAACUAUAUUCCUAUAAAAAAGUUAAACGUGCUUUGUUUCCUGCCUAAAACACAAAUACAGCUGCCAGUAUGUAUUUUUAAUGGAACUCUAUUUUGUAACAUUGCUUUGCUGGAUGUGUUUCAUAUGAGUGGCCAUUAAUAUAUUAUUUAGCUCAAGGUUUCGACUCAAACCACCAAACUCUUUGGCUGAUGGUUUAAUACACAUAACCAAGGCAGCAGUGUUUUUAGUGUUGAGAUAUACAUUUAAGCGUAUUUCUGGUUACGGUUCCGAAGAGAGUGUAAAGGUUUUAACUGAAAGCAGACUAUCGCGCAGCUUUACGGAAGAUUAAAGCAUGUUUGCAAAUACUGCAGCCCGUUGGACGAAUUUGCAUGUACAGGAAAGUUGUGGAUGGAGACGGUUUGUGGAAUUUUAAGUGCUCUUUGUAGUUAACCUUGGUUUAUAGAUUUGAAGGUACAGACUUUGACAAGCCAAGUUCACAAAAUCAUGAUUAGUUACAAACAUUAAGUAAAAUAAAUUAUUUUCUAUUUGA